AUGUACCACGUGGUGCACAUAAGCGAAGCCGAGAAGCUGACUGAGAACGGGUCCACGUUCAUUGCGUACACCAUACAGUUCGGCGACUACGAAGUGAAGCGGCGCUACAGCGAAUUCGAGUCCCUGCGCAGCCUUCUCUGCCGACUCUACCCAACGUUUAUAGUCCCGCCUAUCCCCGAAAAGCACUCGCUGACGCAAUACGCGGUUCUUCAGAAGCGGGCCAAGGAGGACCAGUAUAUAAUUGGGCGGCGCAAGCGCAUGCUGGAGCAUUUUUUGAACCAUCUUGUGGAGCAUCCGAUUUUGAGCAGCGAGCAUAUUAUGCAUCGGUUUUUGGAGAACGGCGCGUCGUGGACAGAGGUGCUGCAUUCGCCGAUUAUCACGGGGCUCCCCAGGUCACCGCUGCAUUCGUCGCCGUCGCGGGCGCCCGGCUCAUCCAUUGCAGACGGGAGCAGUGUGCAGCUGCCCAAGAUUGCAGCUGCCAACAGCUUUGCGUGCGAUGUGGCUGUCCCCAGCGGCGUCCUAGCGCCAAUAAAAAACAUUGAUGCGCGGUGGAUGGACUGCGAGCUUUUCACGAAUAGGUUUAUACAGCAGUUUUCGGGCAACGUUGAGAAGAACCAGGCGCGGGUCUACCGCAAGCUGGGCGAGCUGGCUGGCGACUACUCCGAGCUGGGGGCGGCACUGAAUGGGUUCAGCCUGCUGGAGCACCCGGAGGCGUUGGCUGCGGCAAUUGAGAGCGCCGGGCAGGCGGUGGACAGCUCGUACAUCGAGAUCAACCAGCUGCUGAGCCAGAUGGAGGCCGAGGUCGCGGAGCCCAUCCACGAGUACUCGCAGUACGCCAUGGUCAUCAAGCAGGUUUUGCGGUUCCGGUUGCUGAAAAACUUGCAGUUGGACGGCGUGCAGGAGGCCCUUGUAUGGCAGCGGUCCAAGCUCGACGGGCUUCUGCAGGCAGACGACGAGGCCAAGAGGCUGGCACAGGCGCUCGAGUCGUCCAGCAGCAGCAACCCUCCAACAAGCGGGUCGCCCGAGUCGUCGUUUGGCAUGCGGUUCCUGCGGACUCCCAAGGUGCUGGGGGACGGGAUCAUGAGCCGGCUGACGUAUGCGCUGAACGGAAUGAUGGACGUGGAUCCGGAGCAGCUGCGGCGCAACCAGAUUGGGCGUGCGUCGGACCGCAUUGGGGUUCUGGAGGAGCAGCUGGAGAUGCUGAGCAAUGAUUUGGCGCUAAUCAACACGAGCACGCAGGACAACUUGGAUCGGUUCCAGAAGCAGAAAAUGCGCGAGCUGAAGGGCGUGCUUAUUGCCACGGCCAAGAUGCAUUUGGAGUGGGCUGAGAAAAAUCUGGAGAUAUGGAAGGACGCCAAGGAGGCGGUUGACGGAGUGUGA